AUGGAAUCCAAGAUUGAACCAAAGACAUCCAACAUUUCAAUAAUCAAGAAAGAUUCAGUUAGUGAUGGUACAACUCAAUUUAUUACAACUAAUGAACCAAGAAAGAAAGUAAGUAAAGCAUGUGAUUAUUGUAAGAAAAGGAAAUAUAAAUGUAGUGGAAUUGCACCAUGUAAUCUUUGUACUAAGAAGAAGAUUCAAUGUCAAUUCAGUAGCAUUGAUGGUAGAAGUAAGAAAGGAAGUAUCACCAGACAUCAUAACCAACAACAACGAGAACUACAACAACAACAAGAAGCAUCAAGAACAACGAUGAUGACAUCCAGUCGAUCAAAUGGAUCAACCAAUUCAACUGUAACAGAUACAACCAGUCAAAUAUCAAGACAUGAAUUACCAAUAAUGGAAGUAUCUCCAGGUACAAUACGAUAUGAUCCAACAGUACCUCAACAACAAAUGUCAAUUGGUCAACAACGAAUCUAUCCAACUCAAGUUCCAUUCCCUCACUAUCAAGAAUAUCAACCAUCACAACAACAACAACACCAACUACCACCACCUCCACAACUAAACCAGAAUGGAAGAAGCGGAUACACACCCCUCCAACCCACCUUUUCAUCCAUCUCAUCAAUCAACACCACCACAACAGCACCAUUACCACCACCAGUACCUUCCUCAUCCCGAAUGGACAAUACCAAUACAACAUCCAGUAAUAAUUCAAAUGCAAGCACUUCCAUAUCAAAUCCAUCUCCCGGAUCAAAUGAUGGAAGAUUAACCCCAGGGGGGUCGGAUCGGUAUAUUCCAAAAAGCUUACAACCUUUGUUAUCAUUCCCAUUAGAGGAAACAAAGGGAGCAGGGAGGGAGAAGGAUGAUAGUAGUGGCACGACUUCCAAUUCAGAAGAGGAUGAUGAGGCGGAGCCGAAUAAUAAGACACAGGAAGGUGGUGGUGUGCAGAUUGAGAAAUCGAUUUCGGGGAAUAGUCUGAAUGGAAUAAGAGAUGGGGAUGAAGUUGUGAGAAAGAGGCGAAGAUCGGAAUUGAGUGAUCAUAGUGAUAGUAGAAAGCGACAGGAACACCAGCAACAGUCGCAAGAGGUCCUGGGAGGAGGCAGUGGAGGAGGGAGUGUUACUUCCCCAACGGGUAGUACUAAAAGUGCUGGCGCAGCUUCUGAAACAUCAGGUCCGAAACCAAAAAAGGGAUUAUCAAAUGAUAGAGGUAAAAGCACGAGAUUAUUAUAUGAUUCAGCCGGUAAUCUCCGAUACAUCGGAGAAAGCAGUCCACUAUCCCUCCUAUUCGAUUGUCGUAACAUCUUCACCGCCACCAUCGGACAAUCAGAAUUCACCGGUGAUCCUCAGGGGGUAAAUAUAAUCGAUGGUGCUGGGAUCAUAAAUCAAAGAACCCCCAUGCAAUUACCCAAACGGGAACAUUGUAAUAUCAUGGUGAAAUUCUUUGAAAAUAACAUAAAUCAAACCUGGUACGUCUUCAACAUGAAACAUUUCAAAGUCUACGUCGUUGACUACAUCUAUGACAACCCCAUCAGGGCUGAACCGGAAAAACUCGCGCUAUUACAUCUCGUCCUCGCCGUGGGGUUAUUAUUCGCCGAAAAAGCCCAAAACUACCUCAUUGAAGAACUCGAACCCACAAAAGUCACCAGUAUGGAUUUCUUUGAGAGUGGGUUUAAUCUAAUGCGAAACAUCAUCGAUGAUGGGAAAUUAUGGCUCCUGCAGGCCUAUUUCUUGAUUUAUUUCUAUUAUCAAUCCACCUCCAAGAGAAGUUCAAGUUGGUUGAUGUUAAGUACUGCAAUUAGGAAUGCUCAGGCGUUGGGAUUACAUCGAAAAGUCAUAAAUGAAUCAUUCCGAGAUCAGGAUUAUAUCACCCAUAGAAGAAAAUUAUGGAAGAGUUUAUAUAUUUGUGAUCGAAUUUCUUCGAUUUUAUUGGGGAGACCAUUGUUGAUUAGUGAUUAUGAUUGGGAUGAUUUUGAAUUUGGGAAUAAUACUAUGGUUUAUCAUGUGGAUGGGAGUGUGAAUUUGGUAGAUACUUGUUUGAAUCAAAAUGCUCAUUUGGCAAGCAUAUUGGGCAAGAUUAUUCAACAUUUUUAUAUUGAUGGGAUUGUUGAUUUAAGAAGAGCGGAAAGGAUAGCUAUUGAUUUGAAAUUAUGGUCGAUUAAUCUACCGUCGGAUGUUCAGAUUGAUAAGAUGUUAGUUGAUUAUCGUCCUAAUCAUGCCCCAUCGCCUACUGAUGAAGCAGUGAGGAAUAUCAAGCGAGAUAAUUAUUCUUUGUUGUUGAUGCAUAUGUCACAAUUAUAUGGGAUUAUGUUAUUGGGAAAACCGUUUUUCAUGUAUCAAUUAUUUAAAAGAAAGAAUGAGGCACCGAAUUAUCAUAGUAGGAGAAGUAAACAAGAAGCAAUCAUGUCUAAUUUUUGUUCCGCCAGUAUUAAAUCUUCAGUAUUAAUGAUUCAAUUGAUUCAUUUUUAUAAAGAACAUAAUCCACAAAGAAUGGAACUGUACGUCACCGUGAAUUGUUGCUUCAAGGCAGCAUUGAUACUUGGAUUGACGAUCUUGUAUAGACAGACUAAUGAAUAUGAACCCGAUGAAUAUACUAUUGAUAUCUUAGCCGAGAAAUUAAUGAUUGCGAAAUCGAUUUUGUUGUUUUAUAGUAGUGUUAGUGCCACAUCGGCCAGGUUCCAUAGUAUUAUCACCAAGAUGUACAAGGCAUUAGAAACCGCAUUCAGACAACCCAAGAAACAACCCACCACCAAGAAGUCAGAACCAGUGUUCCAACCACAACAAUAUUCAACAUAUCCAAUGAGAAGCAUAAGUGAACACACCCAAAUCCCAAUCCCAACCCCAUUUCAACAAAACGGCUCACCCAUGGUCUCAACCCCAUUCCUAUCACACACCCACUCCCACCGCACCCAACCAGGUGGACAUCAACAUCCCUUACAACAAGAACAAACCCAAACAUCAGACCUAAACCUAGAUCAAGGCUUCGAAAGCCCGGAAUCCGUCACUUCUAACCCGCCAACACAAUUUGCUAGGGGUGCUGGGAUUGUUCAAUCACAACUCCAAUCCCCACUGAGUUUCCCCACGACGUUUGAGAUUGCCACCACGAGUGAAUUAGAGAAUUUGAUGAAUUUUCAACAGUUUUUUGUGCCUUCAGUUACGAAUUCGUUGAUGUCUGGACAAGAAGGCGGACGAAAACCACAAGAGAGACGAGAAGAGGAGGGGAAUAACAAUGGUACUGGUGGUGCGGUUGGUGUGAAUGGUGGCGGAGUAGGAGAACAGACGUUGGAUGCGUUUAUGUAUAAUAUCGGUAUUAAUGAUUUACUUUUUGAAGGAAGUACCCAUCUCAACUAA